AUGAGAAGCAUGAAGGAGCAGUGGGAUUCAUUUGAAACAGAGAACCUCACGAAGGAGACGACAAAGGAUCUCUUGAGGCUAUGCGGAUUUGUGCCCCGGGAAAGAGACAUAGCAGUCCCGAGGACGUUUGAUGAGUUCGAGCAGCUUGCGUCCAGCACUGCGCCUCCAAUGCCUAAGGACGAGAUGAGGAAGAUGAUCAGCAUGUUCAACCACGGGACCCACAUGACCAAGCGGGACUUGGGGAGGUACCUGAUGAUGGGAGACAAACUGAGCGAGGAGGAGGCAGCAGAGUUCUUUAAAAGCUGCCCAUUCGAUAGAAACGGAGAGAUCACCAUCGACGAGCUUCUUGACUUUCUGUACGAUUCGCAGUGA